CAGACAGCUGUGUUCUGUUGACAUUUUUGCAUAGUGCUGUUGUCUACAAAUUAUUAGCCUAGUUUAUAAGGCAGUGAGGCCCUAUUGCAAAAUGGACAAGAAACACCUUGAUCACGAAGUACUGCCUGCCUUAUCUUUUAGCCAAAAAGCAACACAGCCCUACGAAAGCAAUCUCGACCCAACAGAAAUACAAUGUGUUCAGUGCAGUGAUGUUUAUGAGUUUCAGACGGCCAAAGAUGACUAUCUCGCGCACCUAUUUAUGGAGCACCGUUUGGUUAUAGCCGAUGUAGAGGAUAUUGCGUUGCUAGAUGAAUACCUGAAAUAUUGGCAGAAGGAACUAACAGGCCAUAAAUUGGAGGAAUAUUGCACCACUAUGCUUUUGGACCAGUUACCAGAUGGAACGCCAGCGAAAAAUGAAAGAUACUACCUGCUCAGCGAUAUACUGCCAAAAGAUUAUGAAUUGCGCCACAAUCUCCAGCAAAAGCGCUUGGCACGUGUACUCGCACAACAUCAGUUCGAACGAACUGAUCGCAGUUUCACGAAAGAGUGCCUUUAUUGUCGAGAUGUUAUAACUGGCUUGCGUUCUGACUUCUUGGAACACUUAUUCAAUAAACACUUUUUGCAAUUAGGCAAACCCGAAAACUUGGUUUAUAUCGAUGAGUUGCUGGCCAAAGUGCAAUACAAUCUGGAAAAUUUAAUAUGCCUCUAUUGUGAAAAGAUUUUCAAAGAUCGCUCCACGUUGAAAGAGCACAUGCGCAAGAAAGCACAUAAACGCAUCAAUCCUAAUAAUGUUCACUAUGACCGUUUUUUUCUACUGAACUAUCGCAACGAGAAACCUCAGCCACAGCCAUAUAGCAAACCACAAUUUUCAAAAAAGAGAAUACACAAAAGAGUUAAGGGUCCAGAAGCAGCAACGGUAGAAGUGCGUUCACCUGAACUGGCUACAUCACCAGAGGCUGAUUUUGAACGACGCUUUGCAGUGCGUAAUCAGAGUGAUGAGAGUGAUUCAGACUGGUCUGACUGGGAUGAUGAUAUCGGAAAUAUGACUCCGCUUAAUUGCCUCUAUUGUAAGCAACAAGAAAAAAGCUAUGAAGCUUUAAAAACUCAUAUGCUGACAACACAUGGCGUUAAUUUUGAGGAAGCGUUGCAAGACUUAAACUUUUAUCAGAAAAUCAAAGUGGUGAACUACGUUCGGCGGCAAAUAUGCCUUUUUCGAUGUGUCAGCUGCAAUUUGCGUUGCGAGGAUGAAGAGACGUUGCUGCAACAUAUGGCAACCGAACAACAUUUCAGUUGUGGUACUAAGAAGCAAUGGGACAAACCAGAAUACUUCUUCCCAACCUAUGAAGAUGACAGUCUAUUGUGUGUGCUUGAUGAUGGUGUCAACGAUGAUAUGGAGGAAAAUGUGGUUCCUGUUAUAUCCGAAGAUACAAUCGCGCAGGUAAAUAAAGACGCUGAACGCCUCUCACUGGAGAAUUUUCCAUAUUUGUAAAUAACGCGAAGUAAAUUUUUCUGCCUGCCAAUUAGGUACAAACCAUUACUUAUAAUAUAAAAUUA